AUGGCUAGCAAACAGCUGUCGACUAUUCGCAAAUGGGUCCUCUCCUCGCCGCCCGCCGAGUGGGCUCUCAAUCAACUUCGUGAGCUCUUAAUAGGAGCCAUCAAGCAGGGCGAAGUCCCCAGACAUGUGGCAUUCGUGAUGGACGGAAAUAGAAGAUAUGCACGAAGUCGUAGGAUAGAAACAGUCGAGGGUCACAACCUAGGCUUUGAGGCUCUGGCUAGGAUCUUAGAGGUCUGCUACAAAUCAGGCGUCCACACGGUUACCAUCUACGCCUUCAGCAUAGAGAACUUCAAGCGCAGCCGAUACGAAGUCGACGCCCUGAUGGAUAUGGCAAAGAUUAAGCUCACUCAGCUUUCGCAACACGGUGAGCUGCUGGACCGAUAUGGUGCCAGAAUCCGAAUUCUAGGCCAAAGAGAGCUCCUGAAGCCGGAUGUACUGGAAGCUAUGGAUCGUGCUUGCGAUAUGACUAAACAUAACACCGAGACUGUGCUAAAUGUCUGUUUUCCGUAUACGAGUCGGGACGAGAUAACAACCGCUAUCAGGCGGACGGUUCAAGAGUACAGUAAACCAGUGAAGCGUCCACGGACCGAGCAGAAGAGAUUGAGUCCAUUCACAGAAGAAAGAAUUACCCAGACGCUCAAAACGCAACACAGAGAUAGCUUUCAAGCAGAAGAGCGUUUGCAGGACCUUGAACCAAAAACACUGAGCUCGCCCUCCUUAAGCUCGGCUUCAUUGUCAGACUUCCAGACACGCCUAUCACGAUCUCAGUCGCUAGAUGCAAAAGACCACGACCACGAAGCAGAUACAUCCUCUGAAUCCUCCUCAGCAACAACGAACUUACAUUACGAACUCCUCUCGCCUUCAUCGGCCUCCUCACCACCUACGUCCUAUGCAGGUUCCCCGCAGUCGAAGCCUCAACUCAGACCUUCCAAUACCACAUCUCCCGAACACUCGCAGAAAGAGCUUUCAUCAUAUCCUAGUCCUGAAUCGAUCACCUCUGGGACCAUAACAUCCCAUCUAUUCACUGCUGAUGACCCACCGCUUGAUCUCAUGAUUCGCACGUCGGGCGUCGAACGUUUGUCGGAUUUCAUGCUCUGGCAGUGCCACGAGGAAACUCGUGUCGUGUUCUUAGAUGUAUUAUGGCCAGAAUUUGACCUUUGGCAGUUCUUGCCGGUGCUGUGGGAGUGGCAGUGGAGAGGACGGAAGGAGGAGCAAAGGCGGAGGCUUAUAGAGGGAAGACUGGUCUAA